AUGGAUAACCAACUCCCUCCUAAGAAAGUUCCAGAUUUUUGUUCCUUUCGCUAUGGAUUGGCUCUUCUCCUACAUUACUGUAAUGUUGCAACAGCACAGCGCAUAUGCCUGAACCUCACAAUGAUAGCCAUGGUGAACCGCACAGAUCCACAUGGCUUGACCAAUGCAUCCACAAAGAAUCUCCAGGAUGACACAAAGAACCCUGUGUAUAAUUGGAGCCCUGAUAUCCAGGGGAUGAUCUUGAGUUCCAUCUUUUAUGGUAUGGUCUUCAUCCAAAUUCCUGUUGGAUACUUAUCUACAACAUAUGGUGUAAAGAAAAUGGGUACAUUAUUCCUCAGCUCUCUUCUCAGCCUGUUGAUCCCACCAGCAGCUGAAGUUGGAGAAACUUAUAUCAUUGCAUGUCGUGUAGUCCAGGGAAUGGCCCAGGAGACAGUAAUGAUAGCUCAGUGUUAAGUGUGGGUCAAACGGGCUCCUCCUCUGGAACAAGGCCAACUUAAUUCUAUAUGUCAAUCAGGAUUUGUGCUGGGAAUCUUUAUUGUCCUGUUGGUGACUGGAGUCAUCUGUGAAUCUCUGGGCUGGCCCAUGGUCUUCUAUAUUUUGGGUGCUUCUGGCUGUGCUCUGUGUCUUCUCUGGUUUGUUCUGUUUGAUGAUGAUCCCAUGGACCACCCUUGCAUAAGCAUCACUGAGAAGAAGUACAUCACAUCCUCUCUCCACCAGCAGGUCAGCUCAAGUAGACAAGCUGUGCCUAUCAAGGCCAUGCUUAAGUCACUUCCAUUCUGGGCUAUUUCCUUUGGUAUUUUUGCUCAUUACUGUACAAAUAGCACCAUGCUUUUGUACACCCCAACUUUUAUCAACUCUGUACUUCAUGUUACUAUAAGAGAGAAUGGGCUGCUAUCUGCCCUCCCCUAUUUGUUUGCCUGGAUCUUUGGUAUCCUAGCAGGUCAGAUAUCAGACUUCUUUCUGGCCAGGAAUAUUUUUAGCAUAAUUACCAUCCGGAAACUCUUCACCACAUUAGGAUUCUUCCUUCCUGCAACUUUCAAGAUAUGCCUGCCUUUCCUGACUUACAGCUUGCAUGGCACUUUCAUUCUCCUGAUACUUAUCAUUGCACCAAGCAGCUUUAACUUUGCUGGAACAAUUAUCAAUGCCUUGGAUAUCGCUGCCAGGUUGAGUCUGUAUGUUUUAAUAUUAUAUUUUCAACAUUAUAAAACACAAAACAACAUCAGUAACUUACAAUUACUUUGCAUUUUAAUCCCUCAGGAUCCAGAAUAUGCUUGGUUUAAAUUCUUCUCACUGGCAGCCACUGAAGUGAUAACCCUAAUUUUCUACCUUAUCUUUGCUAACGCAGAAAUUCAAGAUUGGGCUAAGGAAAGAGAAGAGACACGCUUUUAA